AUGGGACGGAUCAUGAUAGGACCAGGCGGCGAUGCGCCCAUGGCACUAGCCGUUCUUUGGGGCUUGACGGGUCUUGCUUUCUUCUUCGUGCUGCUGCGGUUGUAUACUCGACUUGUCAUCCUUCAAGCCUACGGCGUAGACGACCACUUCUUCAACCUUGCUUUCUUCCUCUUCGUCGCCUACGAUGUCAUGCUCACAAUCUCCUCCUUCUACGGCUUUGGCAGGAAUAUCCUAGAACUUGAGAUGGACAACGUGCCAAAAGCGAUUUUAUACGAGGCAAUCGGCAGCACAAUCCUCGUAUCCGCCAUCGUCGUGUCCAAAGCCUCCCUAGCACUGUUCCUCCUCCGCCUUGUGAACACUCGCCUGCACCAGGUUCUUGUCAUCGCCCCCGUCGUCAUUUUGUUCCUCAUCGCCUUGGCCUCGCUUCUCGUCUUCUGGUUCUCGUGUACGCCGAUCAACUUCCUGUGGGACCGGCUGAUCCCCGACGGAAGCUGCCCGAUCGACCCCGGCCCCAUAUCGACGGCUGCGGGAGCUUGGAGCGUCGUCGUCGACUUUUGGUACGCCGUUACGCCAUGGGCGUUAUUGUGGAACGUUCAGAUGCCGAAGAGAGAGAAGUUGCUCAUCAAUUUGAGCAUGAGUCUGGGCGUCAUCGCUGGCGCAUGCGGCAUUCUGAGAGCGCUGCAGCUCAAGAACCUGAGCAGUGUGAACUUUACCAAGGACACGGUUGCCUUGAUAAUAUGGCAUGCGGCAGAACUGGCAGUAACUCUCGUCUGCAUUGGAAUCCCCGUGUGCCGCCCCCUCUUCAAGGGCUGGCUCAGCAAGUGGUCAUCCCGAAAUGGCAGCAGGCCUGGGCCAUACACCAGAGACAUGACCGGAUCCAACUUGGGGUUCGGUUUGAAGACGAUCGGCGGCACCGACUACACCGUCAGGGUCGGGUUGAAGACGCCAGAUUUGGACUUGGGAAGCCUCGCGGGUCGAAGCGGCGAGGGACGAUUCGGGAGUGGCACGAGGUCUGCUGGAAAGGGCUUCGGCGACAACGAGAGCGUGGACUCAAUACUGGGUCCGGAUGAUCGAUACGGCCAGGGGCGGAACGUUGAUAUCGAAAGGUAUUCCAGUGAAGAGGGGAAGGGGGGGAAGCAAAAUAUUCACGUCUGGGUGAAGUCGGAAGUGGUCGUCAAGUCGACAGCAAGAGACUAA